GGUUUCUAAGGAAGUAAGGUUUGUUCGAGGCUAUACGUAAACAUCCGGUUGGAUACCAACACGCAGAACGUUUUGUUGAUAGAUAAUAUUUUUUAAUUUGAAUUUAAUUAACUUACAGUCGAAAAUCAAAAGGUAUAAUACAAAAUGGACUCUACCUAUCUGAAGAAGCACUUAGGGAACAGUUUAACAGCAUGUUUAGCUGAAGUAGCAGAGAAACGACCAAGGGAUCCAGUUGAAUAUAUAGCACAAUGGUUAUAUAAGUAUAUGGAAAAUCAGAAUCAUGCUGCAGAGAAAGUGAGGGAACUAGAACAAUUAGAAGAAGAAAAGAAGAACUUUGUCAAAGAUGAGGAACUGAAAGAAAAAAGGAAGUUGGAAGCAGAACAGAUUGCCAAAGAAGAUGAAGAGAGAAGACAGGCUGAUGCAGAGAGGGCAUUGAAAGAGAGUUCAUCAACAAAACUUCCCCCUGUUUUGGAGGCAAAUGAACCUGCUGAAGACAUGUCAAAGGUGACAGAGGAAACAUCAGAACAGAAAACUGAUGAAACAGAGAAAAAAGAGGAGGAGGAAGAGAAAAAGGAAGAAGAACCAGAAAGUAAAGAAGAAGACAAGGAAGAAACAGAAGAGAAAGAAGGAGACCAGGAAGAUUAAUAUCAGGAUAAUACUCUCUAUCACUUUGUAUCAACAUUCUAAACAUAGAAGAAUUGUCAAAUAUCUUUUUGUCUUCCUACUACGAGACAAGUAAAAACUAAAAAGUAGACGUCUUUUUACACAAAUAUCCAUAAAAUUUUCCAUUAUGUUUAGCAAUUUAUUGCAGAUUUUGCAGAAGUUUUUUUAUUUUUUAAAGCACAUAAUAGGAACCAAACUUACUUGUUAGUUGGCCCUACUUAUUUUGUUUGUCAUUAAAACAUUAUGUAUAGGCUUUGAUGAUAGGGUCAAAGUAAUCAAAUAUGAAGUUCAUCUUAAACUGCACAAUAGCCCUUAUUGAAAAUGUAGCCACUUUUUUACAUGAGAUUAAUUGAUAUGAAUGAAUUUAUGUUUGAUUAUGGUCAGAAUGCUUAAUUAUUACAAUAUAUUGAUUUUUUUUUAAAUUCUAACUAAAUGUUAUUUGUCCAUUUGCCUUAUUUUGAACAUGUACUGUUUAUGGGUGUAAUUUAUCAACCAGAUUAAAUUAUCAGUAUUAUAGGUAUUGUUCAAUCAAAAUAUUUGGGAACUGUACAUUUUAUUCUAAGUCAAAAUGGUGCUGAUUUAUUUUACUAAAGCAUAACUAACAAUGACAAAUUAAUUAGUGCCAUUACAUAUAGUAACACAGUCCCUGUCUUAUGUGGACUCAUUGAAACAAUGUUCCAAUACUUAUACAAUGUCCAGCUUGUAUGAGCUUUUAAGUAUUUCAUGAAUUAUCACUGCAUUGUUAGGGUAUUUAAUAUCAUAGUCCCUACAUGUAGCAGACUUCUCUUAACCACAUGAUAGCUAAGACUAGGAUGUAAGUUCAUAAUUGAUAACAUGAGUUCAGUAAACACAAAAUUUUGGGAAACAGCAUGUAAUUAAUAUAUUUUGAAGUAUUAUUUAUGCAGUACAGAUAACCCUUUUCUUGGUAAAGCAAAACUUUCAAAAUGAAAAAAAACAUUAAUGUAACUACUGUGCAAUAUCAUUCAUUUGGUAACCUUCUACAAUGAUUAUUAAGUUACCAUACAAUAAGUGAUACAGUGGAGGCCAUAUUAGGACAGGGACAUCAGUGUUGGUAUAAUUACACCACAUCUUGCCUUUAUUUAUUUUGUAUUAUUUUCUCUUGAAUGUUGCUGGUCAUUAUUUAAUCAAACAAUGCUUGUACAAUCCUAAAACAGCAUUCCUUAUUUUUGAUGUGAUAAAAAUAUUUAUAAUUUGUUUAUAUAAUUUAUUUAUUGUGAAAUUUACAAAAUAAAUAUUAUGAUUUUC